AUGGAAGCUUUCAGCUUGCUAAGGAUCUGGAGAGGUGGUGGCGGUGGCGGUGGCGGUGGCGAUGCUACUAUUGGUAGUGCUGUAGUGUUGUGGGUGCGAUGGAGAAGUGUCACUGUUGUGUCUCCGAACUGCGCGGAAACUGAUGAUGAGAAUGAUGACGAUGAUGGGCCUUUUUUUGACUUGGAGUUUGCAGUUCCUGACGAAGAAGAAGAGGAAGGAGCAGAAAGCAAAGAUGAGAUAAAAGAAAACAAUGGUGCUGGUUCUGAUGAGGAAAACGAUGCUGCUGACACUUCUGGUGAUGAUGAUGAUGGGAUGGACGAAGAGAGGGAGUUCAAUUUCACUCUCUCUUCGGCGUCUAGCAAUGACAGGAGGGAUCAAAAUCUUGCUCUUUCUCCUUCCGAUGAUUUGUUUUUCAAAGGAAGGCUUGUGCCGAUUGAGUCAUCCUCGCUUGAGCUGAACUCCAAAUCCUCUCAGUUUUCGGUGUCAUUGCUAAAAUCUGCUACAAAAUUUCGCGUCUUCAUGUCGGGAUUGAAGAGAAAACCAAACACUACAACAACAAAUGAAAAGACAGAAGCUAACGUGCCGACAUUAGCUUCUGCUAUCUUAUGGUAUCAAAUUUGUUUUGCCUUUCAGUUUCUGGAGAGGUGGGAUUCUCAAGAUGAUGAGAUGUAA